AUGCCCUCCAAACGCAAGUCCGGCGCCACCGACGCCGAGAGCAAACGGCAAAGGGCCGCAACACUUGCGGACGAGGCCGCCUCCGAGUUCCUCUGCCCAAUCACCCUUGAGCUUCCUCUCGAUCCAGUCACCGCUGCCGAUGGCCACAUAUACGAGCGCUCCGCAAUUGAGCGGCACAUGGCGACUCAGGGAGCAGCGCUGCGCUCACCUAUCACGAAUAUGCCGAUGUCGCCAACGCUACUCGAGGCCACGCAGGUCAGGAACGCAAUCGAGAAGCUUGCGGCUCACAUCGACGGCGACAAGGCCAAGCGGUGGCGGCGGAGGCUCGAAGAGAGCGAGAAGUUGGUCCACCUUCGGCGUCUAGCCGAAACGGGCGACCCCGAGGCGAUGCUGAGCCUUCACUUUCACUACUACUUCCUCAAGCACCAGCCGGAGGAGGCCUUCCACUACGCCAAAAUUGCGGCCGAUCUGGGCAACGCGAGGGGGCUGCAGAAGGCGGGUUUCGCCCUCUGUCACGGCAAGGGCGUUUGCAAGAACCAGGCGAACGGGGUCGCGCUACUGGCCGCAGCUGCGGGAGCUGGGCAUGGGUACGCCGCCUACGAGCUAGGUCGCUCCUUCUUGUCGGGCUGGCUCGGGCUCUCGCGGGACGCCAGCCAGGCUCGGCUUUGGCUGGACCGGGCCGCGAACUCGGAGGGCCCCUGUGUCAGGGAGUGGGCGUCGGACCUCCUGGGCACGAUGCAAUGA